AAGUGGAAUGUCGGCAUAUUCCUGCAACGUUGGCAGUGUUAUAGCGUUGUAUUAGAUACAGCAAUUAGCUACAUUGUUUGUCGUCAUGGAUGCGAAAGAAGUGAAGAUGCUACUAAAACAAGCUAGAGAGGCAAUACGUGACAAAGAUUUCAAAAGUGCGUUGAAAUACUGUAAAACGGUGUUAAAAUUAGAUAAAAAUAACUACCAUGCGUGGGUUUUUAUUGGGGCUGCUGCUGAAGAAAUGGGAGAGUUGGAACAAACGCUCGCAGCUUUCAAUAAAGCUAUAGACAUUUCUCCAGAUCAAGUACUUGCUUGGCAAGGACUUUGCAAUUUUUAUGAAAAACAUUAUAAUGAUGAUAAUAGAAAAGCACUUGAGAAUGUUUAUAAAAAGUUAAAAGAAUUAAUGAAUAAUGAUAAAGCCAAGAAUAUGGAAAUUUUACAGAAAUUAUAUAACUUGUAUAAAAUUCAAGAAGAUUUUUUGUCUGCUUUGAAUGUUUUGUUAGAGCAGGUUCAACUUUGUGACGAAAACCCAAAACUUGAAAUGACAACUUGGAUUUCAAUUACUGAUAUGUUACAGGAAGAUGUAGGUGGUAUAGAUGUGGAUGAUUUAAUGAAAAAAGCAUAUGAACAUAUUUCAAAGUUGCUUAAUUGUGUGUCAGAUGACUCUGACUUUAAUCUUGAUGAUAUAUGUAGGAAAUACCUGAUAUUUCUUAAAUCAAAGAAGGAUUCAACAAAUGCUGCAAUGGAAGCUAAACGUUUAUCAAAAGAGUUUCCUCAGCUUUCUGCUCCAGUUGAAUAUUUUUGUGAAUUUCUUUUGGAGAAAUACGUAACUGAUAAAGUCAUAAGUGAUGAUAUUGUACCUUCAUUACAAGAGUUGCAGGAUAAAAAUCCUGAAUCUGGAAGUACCAGUUUGCUCUAUGGACUUUACUUGUAUUUAUUUGAAAAAAACUGCAUUGAGGCUCUUGAUGCAGUAAAAAAAGGAUUGUAUUAUUUUCCUAAUAACAUCAUAGCAUGGAUUUUGUUUACUGAAAUCCAGCUAGCUAUUCAUGAUUACUAUGGCAGUGAAAAAAGCUCUCUUCAGGCUCUUCAGCUUUAUAACAGCUCUAAAGUAGCUAUUUCAUCAACUCUAGUUGGAAAGAUGUACUUGCACCUUGGUAUUGCCCUUUUUGGGCAGCAGUUGUAUGAAAAAGGAUUACAGGCUUUCAGCAAAGCUGAAUCAAAAAUUGGAAGGACUGAAGAUUUACUUUACUGGUUGUGUAUAACUGCUCUUGAAAAGAAUGAUUUGUCUCAAGCCAAACAUCUUAGAGAUGAACUCCAAAAGUUAGCAGGAGAGAGUUUAAAAACAAAUCAAACUUGCAUUCUCAUAAGUCUUAAUGAAGAAAAGCCAAAAGAGGCUUUAGAACAACUUUUAAAAGUAGUUAAAAUGGAGGAAAAUGACUCGUAUACUUUUCACCUUCUUGGGCUUAGUUUAUGGAAAACAAAAAACAUGGAUCAAGCAAAAAUCAGCUUUCUUAAAGCUGCUAAACUAGAUCCAUUUUUCUACAAAAAUUUCCUAUACCUUGGACAUUACUAUAAAAGUAUUGGAGAUUUUGAAAAGGCUUUGCAAUGCUAUAACAAAUCAUUUGACCUUAAUAAAAGGAAUGAUAUUGUUGGAGCUGCUUUUAGUGAUAUCCUCUUUGAAUGUGGAGAAACAGAUCUGAAUUUAAAGUUGUUGAAGAAAAUUACUUCAACAGCUCCAGUUGGAAGUGCCAAGUGGGCUUGGCUACGUCUUGGCUUACACCAGCUGAGAGUAGGAGAAACAAUGGCUUCAGUGUUAUCCCUGCAGAAUGCCUUGAAGGCUGACUCUUCAGAUAUUCAUUGCUGGGAAUGCUUAGGAGAUGCAUACCUACAGAGAGGAAGUUUCAAUGCUGCUUUGAAAGCUUUUACUAAAGCAUCUGAGCUUCAGCCUAACCAGUUGUACCCACAGUAUCAAAAAGCAAAUAUUAAGCAGUUGCUUGGCUCAUACAAAGAAGCAAUUGAAGAAUAUCAGUGUAUUUUGAAACUGGAACCUGGUUACGUACCAGUCCUUAAAGGCCUGACAGAAGCUCAUCUUCAGCAAGCCAGACUUCAUUUUUCAAAGUCCUUGUUUGGGUUAGCUCUUGAUUCUUGCAAUGAAGCACUCCAAACAAUUAGUACUGCAGUACUCUCUAGACCAAAUUUUUCUUGUUUAUGGAAAUUAGCUGGAGAUGCCUGCAUGUUGCCUGCCUGUCUUGGGCCUCAGAAAUUUUCACUUUGGGUUCCAGAGGUUUUGUUUUCUCAAGGGUUCAGUAGUCAAGAAUUGAAAAAAAUCUGCAAGAGUGAAGCUAUGACUUUAGCAGCAACAUUGUACAGUAGAGGUUUAUCGUUAUUACCUGAAGUACCUGGGCUGUGGCAUGACCUUGGUUUUUGUUAUUACUUUCAGGCUGAAGAAAGUUCUGACAGUCAGUUUGCUACAGAAUUAGCAAAAAAGUCAGUAAUGUGUUUGAAAAAAGCUGUCAGUAUGCAAUCAACUUCACCCCAUACUUGGAACAGUCUUGGAGUUGUUUCCCUGAGCCCACAUGUAAGGAAUUAUAACUUAGCUCAACAUUGUUUUAUAAAAUCUAUCAGUUGUGAGCCUAAUAAUUUUGUAGCUUGGACUAACUUAGGAGUUCUUUACCUUCAGAAUGACAAUAUUCAACUAGCACAUGAAGCCUUUAAGGUAGCACAGUCAUUAGAACCUUCUUAUUCAGUUUGUUGGAUAGGCCAAGCAUUAAUUGCUGAAAAGGUUAACCAUCCAGACACGCUAGAUUUAUUUCGCCAUACAACUCUUUUAGGUGAACAUCCAGAGGGAUUGUUAGGGUAUGCACAUUGGGUUUGUACAAGUUUACAGGACUUAGGAAACCGUAACACAAAUUUCUAUAAAUACAACAUAGUCCAAAUGAGAGCUAUUUCAACAGCUGUCGAUGCAUUAACAAAGUUCACUAGAAAAAUUCAUGAUUCUUCUUCAGCUUUUUGUAUGCUAGGACUGGUACUAGAGAGAGAGAGACUUUACAAAGGAGCCUGUUGGGCUUUUAAGAUGUCCCUUCUUCUUCUUGAGGAGGAAAAUUGUGAUGAAAUUAUUGACAAGGUGAGAACUAAUUAUGGCCGUCUCCUAGCUCUGAUAGGGCAGAAUGAUGAAGCUCUUGAGCAGUUCUCACAAGUAAAGAAUAUGGAUCUGGCAGCAUAUUGUGACUUGGCUCUCACCUAUCAGAAGCUUGGCAAAUUAAAAGAUGCCUGUCAAGCUUACAGACAAGCAUUGACUCUUGCUACAGUCCAGGGAGAUCAAUCACACAUACUAGUUGCUUUGGCAAUGGUUGCUGUAAAAAUUCAGGGCUUAGAAUCAGCAAAAACUCCUUUAUUCCAGAGUUCCCAAAAGAAACCAGCUUCUGUUCAAGGUCUCCAAGCACUUUGUGCACUGGGUCUUUUGCUAAAUGACUUCAGCUUAUCUACUGCUGCCAUGAAAGAACUGUGUCCUCAUCAACAAGAUCCUUAUUAUGGGGCAGACAUUGCCUUUCUUGCUGCUUGUGUCUUGAUAGUUCAAGGGAAGAUGAAAAUGGCUUUACAUCAUUUGAGUAAGUUUGCCCAUGGACACCCUAACAGUGCAUCUAUUUGGUCUCAUUUAGCUGGCCACUUGUUAUCCUUCCAUCCUUACAAAGCUACUACAGCAGCACGCUGUGCAAUGUCUGCUGUUUUGACCGGUAAAAAUGUCACAGGUCUUCCAUUACUAGUCAUACAGUGUCACAUGGUAGCAGGAAACAAGAACAGAAGUCUACAAACAGCUCAAAAAGCAGUACAUCUCUUCCCAGAUAAAGUUGAACACUGGUGUUCAUUGCUUGGAAUCUUAUCCUCCUCUACCAGUCAGGAAAAUUUUGUUAAUGCACUAUUUGUUUUUGUCAGAAAGAUAUUGAAUGGUAGCUCACCAGCACUUGAGUCAUGGCUCUUACAAUGUGUGAAAUAUCAUCGGCUCAUUCAAAAGAGAAAGGAUGUGACUAGAACCGAGUCACUAUCUACAGAUUCAUUGACAUCAACACUGGUUUUAGAUGCUGUUGCCGAUGCGCUGACCAAACCCAGAUUUGAUCAGUCUUGUGUACCUACAAUUGCUGUGGCUCUGCAGAAAGAUCCAAAAUGUUUGUUUGGCUGGUUUUCUAUAGCUUUACUUCAGGCCAACAGUGAAAAGUACAAAGAUUCCAUAAACACCCUGCAACGUGUCUUGAAGUCAGAAAACACUGUAAAAUCACUGUCCAGAAAAGUCGUAUCACUGCUGCAUUUAGCUGUCAUAGCAUUGAAUAUCCAGAAGACGAGGAAUGAAGAUGAGUGGAAGUCACUUGUUCAAGAAACCAUUACUGAAGUUUUGAAAAUUGAUUCUCACAAUCAAGGAGCAUUGUUUCUUCAAGCACUAGUUCUUGCUGGUAAAUCAGAAAAUUCACGUUUGAUUGAGAGAUGUCUGAAGAAAGUUCUAAAUUGUGCAGACCCAGCUGAACCAAAGUGGAUGGAAUGGGCUGCACGAAGGUUUAUGGUUGCUAUUUAUAAAAGAAAAAACAACAGUGAUGGCAUAGAAAGACUGCUGGAGGGAGCUAUUGCUUGUGGUGAUACAGAGUUUGUGAAUGCUCAUAAAGUCCUUGAGGAAACCCUAAAUAAUAAAGUUGUGGAUUAACCAACUUAAAAAUACAUGAAUAGCUGUGCUUUUGUUGGUUUCAUUUGUCCAUUUUUACAUUACUGAAUUUAAAAGCAAGAUACUUGUUAAAGAAAUGGAAAAUUCAUACAUACAAAAUUAUAUGAUGUUAGAUUACUAACACAAAAUAUAUUUGUUCUGUAUUUUGGAAAACCAAUACAAAGUGGUAAUAAUUGAACAGAAAUGAAAGAUUUGAAUAUUUUAGAUAAUUUUAUGAAAUGUUAAGCCUAUAGUAGCAUAUUGUUGAAGUAAUUGAUGACAUCAGAGAAUUGGAAGAGUAGGUUUGUUGUUGUUGCUAUGAUUGCAGAAGGAUCCAAAAUGUUUGCUUGGCUCUUUUUUUACAGCUUUACUUUAGUUCAGCUCUGAAAACUAGAAAUAUGUCAUAAGUAAAACAGAAUAUGUCUUGAAGUUAUGGAACACAGAAAAUUAUACUGCUAUUUCCUUUAGCUUAAGAAAUAGAAAAAUAUCUUUCUUACAAUUAAUAAAUUCUACACAGUAAUAGUGAUCUACAUAACAGUAAGAUAUUUAAAACCAUGUGUUGUGAAAAAUAAAUUUCAUCCCCACCUUGUUUUUCAAGUAAUGAAGCACAGUACAGUUUAAUUAAACUGUCUUCAAGUAUUCUAAAACUCGUGUGUAGAAACAGUUGAUACAAAUGUAUUAUACUCUUGUUUGUACUUGCUGACUAUGCAUAUAUUUGCAAGGAAUAAAUUUAUAAAGUUAGUGAACAUUUUAUUUAAUAAAUCUGUACUGAAAAUAAAAUUUAUUGUAAUUA